AUGGAGCUUCCCCACCUGAAGAUCUGCCUUGAGGAUAUAGAAGCAGAAGCCGGGGGCCGAUACAAAGUCUUAAAUAUUAUUGGAAGAGGCUCCUAUGGAGUUGUUCUUUUGGCAAUUGAUAACCAAACUGGCAAGCACGUUGCCUUAAAGCAACUUCAGAGAAUAUUCACAACAGUUACAGACGCAAAGAGAGUGCUUCGUGAAAUCAGAAUCCUCUCUUCAUUAAAUAAUGAAAAUAUCACAAACAUUACAGACGUCGUAACAUAUCCCGAUUAUAGCAAAUUUUCGACUCUUAUAGUUGUUUCUGAUAUCAUGGAUACAGAUUUAUACAAAUUACUGAUUUCCAAUGUCGAUUUAUCACUAGAUUACCGCAAAUAUUUCGCAUAUCAAAUUAUUCGUGGCCUCAAGUAUAUACAUUCUGCCAAUAUUCUUCACCGCGAUCUGAAACCAUCAAAUAUUUUAGUCAAUUCUAAUAGUGAAUUGAAAAUCACAGACUUUGGCUUAGCACGUGUUCUUGACCAAGAAGAAGGUGGCGAGCCACUAUCUGAAUAUGUUACGACAAGAUGGUAUAGAGCUCCAGAGAUUCUUUUGAAUUACGGAACUUACGGUCCAGCUAUAGACAUAUGGAGUACAGGCUGCAUCCUUGCCGAAAUAAUUUUGAGAAGACCAUUAUUCCCUGGAAACGGAACCCUCCAUCAACUACAGUUAAUUCAAGAUUUCCUUGGUUCACCAACCGAACAAGAUCUCGAGCUUCUUACGAAUCCAAAGGCUAGGCAGUUCAUGGAAUCCCUUCCUCCGAAGGAUCCUGUUGAUUGGCACCAAAUUUUCACAAAUUCACCAGAAGAAGAGAUAGAUUUGAUUUCAAAGAUGCUUACAUGGGAUCCUCGAAAGAGAAUUACAGUAUUAGAUGCUCUCGAACACCCAUUCCUUGAUGAAUAUCAUGAUCCAGUCGAUGAACCAUCCGCUUUUCCAAUGGAUGGAUUCGAAUUUGAUAGGGAGGACAUUACCAUGGAAGAAAUCAGAGAAACGCUUUGGCGUGAAAUUUUGCGUUUCCAUCCUGAAUUUGCAAAAUAA